AGAAGUACUCGACAAGCCAAACAUGUGGUUUGGGCUCCUAAUAACCGCUGCUUUUAUUUCUUUUGUAACUGCAAGUACGCUCCCAGACUAUCCUCCACCUCCUGCAGUGGGAAUGCCAAUGGUGAUUCCUCCUUCGCCUUAUCUGAAGGGACCAGGAUUCCGAGGACCUCGUGGUAGACCAAGAUUUCAAGGAAAGCCGCGGGGUGGACGUCGUGGUAGACCA